UUGCUUACAAUCCUCAACUAAAACAUUGUGAAGGAGGCAGGCUUCAGACCUUAAACCAUCGCGACGAACAAAAGAACGCUUAUCUCUUAAAAUUACCGCUGAUUAGAUAAUUCGAGACCACGAUUAGGCAGGCGUCCGAAGAAAUUGCAGAGGAUAAUAUGAGGCCUGAGACUGCACAUCGGCAUGCCAUAACCUCUAUUGGUAUUACGCCUGUCAACACCUCAUAUCUCUCUGUCUGAACGAUUGUCACUUGUUACUUUCUCGAUGUAUGAUUUAUUUCAGUUCGCUAAUGGAGUUGAAAGUUGGAUGGGCCUUGCAGCAUCCGGGCGCGGGCGAACAAUGCUGUGCAACGAAACCACCUCGUGAAAUCUGUCACAUCUGCCAUACACUCAUGCCACAUUCACCACAAUCAACGCAGCAGUGCCUGUAUCACAGUUAUGACCUAAGGCAAUUAAAUUUUCUCCAGAGUGGACCGGCCGUUGCGAUUGCAUUAUUGGAUGGGAACUCCGAUCGGCCUUGAGCAGUUGCCAGGAUGAUGAUCGAUCGGCGGGACCGCAGGACGUUUUCCUUAGAAUCGCGCGCUUUCAGAAGAAUUGAAGUUGUCAGUGCUACUCCCGGCUGUCUUUCGCAGGAUUGCACUGUAUUCUACUGGAGACACCAGCGGCGAGAUAUCAGGUGAGAUCACAUGGGCAAGCAACUUCCGAUACUGGUUGGCAGGUUUGCAAGAUUGACGAAGGCCGAUCGUGCAGGAAGGUGAGCAAAAGACAUGGCGAAUCAUAUCAUCUCGCGGGACGAGCAGUCUUGUAAUGCAAGAACCGCUGAAAGCGCAGGGCAUGAUUAUCAUCACAGAGUUGGCAAGCAUGGAGCCUGGUGAUUAGAAGCCCCGGUAGAUCAGGGAGAAAAGAUGGUGAAACCGACGAUUGAUGGCAACAUGGGCGCCAUGGAUUGGUUUGUAACGACUGUGGGUUACAAAUCGAUCAUUCCAGCGAAUCUCGCGUCGCUAGGGUGUGAGGCAUGGAGGGCGAUGACCCCUCGGCAGCAAGGGAUGCAGCCGUUUCGCCCGCAAAUGAAGCAGCUGAGUCGUAUGAGGAAAGAGAUGAGGCUGUUUCCUUGUCACCAUUUCAAGGGGAGUUCCCAUCUGGAGGGCAAAAUGUUUCGGGCCCGUUGUCUGAUGGAUAUCAGGAAGAUCAAGCGGAAGGUUUUGCUUACCACCAAGAAAAAAUGGAAGGUGGAAAUGGGCAGGCGUUUGAAUACUAUGAGGAAGAAGGCGGGGAGUUCCUGUCCAUGGCAACUCUCCCAGCCUCUAACAUUGCUGGGAAGGAUGGCGCUCGCAGCCGCGCGCCAUCCUUACCAUCGCCACUCCAGGGGCGUCCUGUUGCAGUUGGCAUCCCGCCAGUGGCCACCGAACGAUCGACCGCUGGCCUUUCGGUGAAAUUUGCAUCCGAGCCUUCCCCAUUAGGGCCUCAGUCAGUUGUUACUCCCAUCAGUGCGGUCGUCGAGGAUGAAGAGUACUCGGGCAUGCCCAAGAUAGACGCAGACAUCGAAGUGGGCAAGAAGAUUGUAAGGCGGCGCAAGCUGUCAGUUGCAUGCCCUCCAUCUUCGUUUUACUCCGAUGUCCAACCUCCGGGUCUGGAACUCGUGCAACGAGCCUUGCGCGGCCACAAGGCAGCGGGCCUUCGACCUUUCAAAAGAGUGCAGCCGCGUUUGUCAGCCACAGAAUUUCACGAUGAGAAAGGCCAUAUGUUGUUGCACGGAUGCUUGGAUGGAAAGUAUGUAGGAGAUGUACUUGGAGGUUUGCCGCAUGGACACGGUCAGCACUGGACUCCCCCUCCUGGCUGCAGAUCAGCUCCCGACUACCGGCAUCUUCUGUAUGAAGGCGCUUGGGAGUAUGGAGCCAAGACUGGAUAUGGUCGCAUGUUUUACCACAAUGGCCAGGAAUAUCGAGGUCAUUUCAAAGAAGGUGAAAGACAUGGGCGUGGAGCCAUUUUAUACCUUGAUGGAACUGUGUACGACGGGGAGUGGUUCAAAGGACGUCGGCAUGGUCUUGGAACCAGCUAUUACAAAGAUGGAGGUUUUUACAAGGGGGCGUGGUGCAAGGACAACCGCGACGGGUGGGGUGCAUAUUAUUGGCCUACCAAAUGUCGGAAGUAUGAAGGUGAGUGGGUGGGUGAUGAUCCAGUGUGCGGAAAUCAUACAAAUAUCUUGGAGACGGAGUACAUGGCUCUGAAAGAACUUGUUCCUGAGUGGUGCAACGUCCUGCAGAACCUUCCUUCGUCUCUCCCAAAGGAAAAAUUGGAGUUGCCAGAGAUGGAAUUGCGCAAUCCCGAAUCUGUUUACUACCCCCAUACUUGCGGAAGACGCCAGUACAGGAUUGACGUUAAAAGAGCAGCCCUGAAAGAUCCACCCGACCCGAAAAUUGUUGUGGAGCACAAGGGUAGUUUGUCCCCUCAACAGAUGCAGGCAUUGCGAUUAGCUUUCGAUAAGCUCUCACCCGGUUAUUAUCGACGGUCGAUGAUCAACAGAGUCCAGAUUCGCAGACUCAUUCUGCUAGCCCGACUGGACCCUGAUUCUGAAAUGGGUAAAAGGUUAUUCAUUAGUUUCCAGGAAGCCGCGAUUCCGACAACUGGCCUCACCUACAACAAUUUUAUGAAGACUAUUCUGCAAUUCCACUAUCCUCGAGAAGCAAUGCCUUGCAAGACCGCGGCGUAAGAGUAAUUCAGAAUGUCUAUGUGUAUUUUCGUAUCACUGAGCCAGCUACCUGGUCAAUGAAUAUCAAGUUUUACAUAGGGAAUGUCUUGGCUAAGGUUUCAGCCAGACACUGUCUUGCUCAUCAAGACGAGUUCUAGGAGUAGCACAAUCGCAUUCAAUAGUCUAGUCAGAACACAACGCGCGAGCGAAGUCCUGGUAAGUUGGUUGGUUAGAAUCUGUAAAUUGCUCAUGAAAAGGUAGUCACGAGGACCGUACGAGAUUUCAGAAAAUCAGUGCUUGUCUGGACUUUCGUGUCCAACACUGAUCCGAACUCGAUGCCAAUAAAACUGAUAUCUUGAGACGGUUUUUGUUGUUUAAUAUGGCAAUUGUCUGUCUGACAAUGUUUGCGCUUGUAGUGAAAACCUCUCGACAUGCAUUUGCAAGUAGGGCCCAACUUGCCCUUGUGGUACCCUCAAAACCCUUAUCCG